GUUUCUUCCGCGUCUCUCUGCCGCAGUUUCACACGUAGAACACAACGGGGGGCCGAGCGUACCGUGCACCUCGAACAAGGUGCCACUACCUUUUAAAAAAGAAUUUCUCUCCCCUGUUCCGCCCUUUUUCCAUCCUUACCGUUGUUGAGGAGCGCGCAGGAGAGAUCGUCCUUCCUGUGGAUUAAAAAAAAAGAAACUGCCUCCCUGCUUCCUGCUCUGCUUUUGUAGGAUGCGCUCCUUCGUUUUCAUUAGCGACAUCCCCGACUUCCUCCUUCAGCCCAUCUACAAGAGCGAGGGAAAGGAAGGCGGCGGCGGCGGCGCGGAUGGGAGCACCAAGCAGGCGCUGACGGCCUCGAAGUUUGACCUGCGCUAUGAGAGGCUGCGCCGCCUUCUCGUUGAGUACUCCACCGGGGUGAUGCUCGUGAUGCACCUUGAAACCAAAGGGUACGCCUUGGCCCUCUACGCGUCCGAAGGGGAGGCGCUGGCGGCGUGCAAGGCGGACAUCACACCGGAGCAGCCAGGGCAGAGGUUUCGCCCGCUGCGACUCCGCAUCCUUGAGCGGGAGAAGCCUCGCCCGCCGGAGCCAGUGUACAACCCGUACCUGAACGUUGAGGGGACGGAGGUGCGCAAGGUCGAUCUGGCGGACACGCGAGGGCUGGAGUUGGUGUACCGCGGACGUGCGUUGGCCAAGUGGUGCCCGCGCACCCUUGCCGGCGAGGACUGCCACUUUGGCAUCGCCUGCCUGAAGUUGCACAAGUCCGCUGUACAGCGCACUGUGCGCAAGCGCCCCCGCAUCGACGAGGAAGACGCGGCGGCGCACUUGUCUGCUGAGCAGCAGCAGACAGUGCAACGACUGCUGGCUUGUGUGAAGGACGCCCGAGCAGCCUUGGCGCCCGUCUCGCUAGAGUUGAAAGGGUGCAUUUACGUGCCGGUGACAGAGGCGGAGAUGGAGGCGAUUUUCGGAUCGCAGACCGAUUCUACAACCGGCAAUCACAGUAGCAGCGUCCAUCAAGAAACAAUGUACCAGACGGUGCUGCAGCGCGUGGAGGCAGCCAUGGCCUCCGCCUCCUCUGCCUCUUCAGCGGGGGUUUCGUAUUUUCCUCGUCUGAGCUGCCCGGGAGGUGCGCCAUCAGAUUGGGCAAUGGAGAGCGAAGAGGGACGGCGUGCGCUGCAGCGCGACUGCCCGCUCCCUGCCAACGGCGCCCCAACACCACUGGAGCGUGAUCUUUACAUACAGAAGCUGUGGUACCACAUGAACCAACUACACCGCUGCCGGACGGCGCCGGAGGUAAUGCGGAGGCUGCGGGGCAGCCGCCGCGUGCGGGAUGCGCUGCGUCGGCGCGUAUCCGACAAGCACGCUGCCGCGUCGCAUUUCCUCCCUUCUCAUCCACACGCAAAUGCUGCUCUUGCGUCCCCGUCGGAGGCCGCCGCGGCCCCGCUGUACAUCUGCCUCCAGCCGUGGCUUUACCUGCCCACCGUUGGCUGCGAGGUGUCGGCGUUUGUGGAACGGGGUGGUCGACGUGUGCGUGGUGUGGUGCAGCGCUACGGGCAGCUCCGCCUCAUGACUUCUGCUGCCCUGCUGGCGACGUCAACGUCUUCGCGGACGCGCACGAGAGGGGAAGAAGAGAAGGAAGGAAGGAAGGGUGCCGAGGCUGGACGCAGUCCGAACGCAGAGCCCACAUCACCGCAGCAGCGCGAAGGAAGAGGUGACGACGCUGAUGGUGAUGCUGCUGAUGAUAGCGGUGAUGUCGAUGCACUUCUCUCCCGUUACGCCGUGCUCGACUCGGGGAAUGACAGCCUCGCUGAGGCGUCCUUGGCGAAGGAGCUUCGCGCCUUCCAGCGGUGCAUCGCCGCAGCGGUGAACGAGCUGCGCCGGCACCUGCAGCAACACCCGAGCUCGACGGGUGGCGAGGGUGCGGCGUGGUGUGUGCAUCUGGCCGUGCUGCCGCUUCCGCCUUCUACCUCGAUGUCGUCGUCGUCGUCAUUGCAGUCCGCUCCUGUGACGGAUCCUGCGGGUGUCGCGGCGUCUUCUUCACCUGCAGCGCCAUCGGUGGUGCUGCUGUCGUGCAGCGCCUACCAGCGUGCCUUGGAGGAGUGUCCUAUGUACUCCGCCUUGGCGCCGUCGACAUCCUCGUCUGCUGCUGCUGAAGCCGCAGAUGCACCGCGGCCUGGCCAGGUGGAGGUCACGUGGAAUACGCAGCGUCACCCUUACAUUCCGCUGUUCAGCCGUGAGGUGUUGGAGAAGCUGCGCGCCGAUGCCACAGAAUAG